AUUUUAAAAUAAUUUUUGAACUAUAAAGUCAAGUUAUAAUAAUGUUAUUUUAGAUGAUAAAGCUUAUUCACAAGUUUAAGAUUUCGUACUCUAGAAUUUUAGGUUUUAUUUGUAAAGAAUCUAAACGAAUGGAAGGCUCUGAAAAUAACACGUGUUUGGAUCAAACACAAACAAAACCAUUGGAGAGUUCCAAUGAUAAUCUUCUGACGACGAGCCUGGCUGAGAAAAGACCGAUUGAAGAAGGAGAAGAAGGGCAAGAUGGAGGUCAUAAGGAAAAGAAAAUAAAGACUGAUGACCAGGAAUCAAAGGUAGACAAUUCAGUGGAGAAGACAAAUGAAGAUGUUCUUCCAAGAAAAAAGAAGUGUGCUCUACUACUGUCGUACUGUGGUGCUGGGUAUAAUGGCAUGCAAAUUAAUCCUGGGGUGAAUACAAUUGAGGAGGAAUUAAUAAAUGCAUUAUACAAGGCCAAGACAAUAACAGAAGAUUGUAAAAUCAAUCCUGGGAAGAUGUCAUUUCAAAGGUGUGCAAGAACAGACAAAGGUGUAUCUGCAGCAAGGCAGAUUGUUUCAUUAAAGAUGGUUCCACUGAAGAGUCUGAUUCCUAAGAUCAAUGAAUAUUUACCUCCUGAGAUAAGAGUAUUUGGAUUAACAAAAGUAACCAAAGCUUUUGAUUGUAAACUAAACUGUUCUGCAAGAACCUAUGAGUAUCUACUACCAACAUUUGCUUUUGCCAAAGAUUAUCAAACAACAAAAAAUUACAGGUUAACAGAUGAAAAACUAGCUGAAAUCAAUGAAGUUCUGUCUGUCUAUGUUGGUACCAGAAACUAUCAUAAUUUUACAUCUGGAAAGAAGUUUGAAGACCCAAGUGCCAUGAGAUACAUUAAAAGCUUUGUGUGUGGAAAACCUUUUAUGAGCAAUAACAUUGAAUUUGUAGUUUUAACUAUCAAAGGACAAAGCUUUGUUCUCCACCAGAUAAGGAAGAUGAUUGGUCUAGCAAUAGCAAUACUCAGGGGUGUUGCACCAAGGUCUACUUUUGAUUUGGCUUGGCUAAAACGGAAAGUUGAUAUACCCAAAGCUCCAGCUCUAGGGCUUGCUCUUGACAAAGUUCAUUUUGAUGCAUAUAAUAAGAGGUUUGGUUCUGACGGAAUCCACGACCCACUUGAAUGGGAGGAUGCCGAGGAGGACAUAUCCAAAUUCAAGGCUGCAUAUAUUCACAAGCACAUGAUUGAGACUGAAAUGAAAGACCACACUAUGAUGCGAUGGUUGAAUACGCUCAGCGGACAUACGUACAACAAUGAAGGGAUGGAAGAGAUCAAAUCCGCAAAGAAUGAGGAAGAAUCCGCAAAAAAUGAUGAAGAAUCCGCAAAGAACGACGAAGAAUCCGCAAAAUAUGACAAAGAAUCUCGAGAAGCUCCUCAAGAAGCUUCUGAAUCUGAAGACAAAAGUUAACAUGCAGUACAAACUGAAUCUUUACCACGAGUGACCCAACCUCGGCUCUUGUGGUUAGCUUCACCUUAUAUUUUUUUAUUAGGUUUCGUUAAUAUACAAGCUCAAUAUUCCACAUUUACUUCAAGGAACUAACUAGAUUCUAAAUUCCAAUUCGAUCUGGGGAAGAGAGUAAUCACUCCCAGCAUGAUGGACGAAAUCUAACCAUAAGAGCCGGGAGUUUGGACCGCCUAUGUCUUCACUAAGUAUAACUGUAACAGUUCGUAUAACUGUGAAGGAGAACUACAGACAUCAUGGUGGUGUUAUAGGAUAUACUUGAACCAAUAACAGCUCGCGAGGUUACUGCUCUUCCAAUAAGAAUGCUUGAAUCAGCCGUCUAGUGAUCACAACACGCCCCGUUUUCCACACUCACGCCAAUCAAUCUUGUUUAGCAAAAGACAAAACCAUUUCCAAAUCACUCGGAUGAUUUCAUUGAGCUUAGCUCCAGAGAAUUAUAAAGUCAAUGACAAUAUUUUAUCCAGGUUAUCUCGGGGAACGAGCGCAAAGAUUGUUGUAGUUGAUCAGGCGGCUCUAGUUGGGGAGUCUUCCUCUCCCCCCCC